AUGAGCCUCACUGCUGACCCAGCUUUCAACGAUUUGAAGAAUCAUGUACUCAAUGUCGAAAAAGACUUGAAAAUCAAUGAUUUGUUCAAAGUGGAUGGCGAGAGAUUCCAGAAGUUCAGCCAUUUCUACAAUACUCCUGCCGGAGACAUCUUGUUCGACUUCUCCAAGCAUCGCUUGACUGAGAUCACAUUCGACAAGUUGAUGGCUUUGGCGAAAUCACGUAAAGUAGAAGAAAUGAGAAAUGCUAUGUUCUCUGGAGAAAAGAUCAACUUCACUGAGAAUCGUAGCGUUCUUCACAUUGCCUUACGUAAUCGUUCCAACGCCCCCAUCAUCAUUGAUGGAAAGGAUGUUAUGCCUGAUGUCAACAGAGUUUUGGAGCAUAUGAAAGACUUCUGCGAUCAAGUUAUUUCUGGAAAAUGGACUGGAUAUACCGGAAAGAAGAUAACCGAUGUUGUCAAUAUUGGAAUCGGUGGAUCUGACUUGGGACCAUAUAUGGUCACAGAAGGUCUUCGUCAUUACCAAGUAGGACCCAAUGUUCACUUCUGUAGCAACGUCGAUGGUACUCAUAUUGCUGAGAUCACCAAGAAGUUGAAUCCAGAAACAACUCUUUUCAUCAUAGCCUCAAAGACUUUCACUACUCAAGAAACUAUCACUAAUGCAGUAACAGCCAAAGAAUGGCUCCUCAACCAGGCUGGAGAUGGGUCUGCUGUUGCUAAACACUUCGUUGCUCUAUCUACCAAUGUACCUAAAGCAUCUGAGUUUGGUAUUGACCCUAGUAACAUGUUCGAGUUCUGGGACUGGGUAGGAGGACGUUACUCCCUCUGGUCAGCUAUUGGAUUAUCGAUUGCUAUUCACAUCGGCUUCGAUAACUUCGUUCAAAUGCUGGAAGGAGCUCACGCCGCUGAUAAGCACUUCGCCUCUGCAAGCUUGGAGAAAAAUAUUCCUGUUAUAAUGGCCAUGUUGGGAGUUCUUUACCAUAACGUCCUUGGUGCUGAAACUCAUGCUUUAUUGCCCUACGACCAAUAUCUCCAUCGAUUCGCUGCUUAUUUCCAACAAGGAGAUAUGGAGAGUAAUGGAAAGUUCGUUACCAGACAUGGUACUCGUGUUGACUACUCUACCGGUCCAAUUGUUUGGGGUGAACCAGGAACCAAUGGGCAACAUGCUUUCUAUCAGCUUAUCCACCAAGGUACUAGACUUGUACCUGCUGAUUUCAUUUGCCCCGUGAAGACUCUCAACCCAAUCAGAAAUGGUGUUCAUCAUAAGAUCUUGUUAGCAAACUUUUUGGCACAAACUGAAGCUUUGAUGACCGGAAAGAGCUCAGAAGAAGCUCGUGUUGAGUUGGAAGCUGCUGGUCACAGCGCUGAAAGCAUCGAGAAGAUUCUUCCCCAUAAAGUUUUCGAAGGUAACCGCCCAACAACUUCUAUUGUGAUGCCAGUUAUCACACCUUUCACUCUCGGAACUCUUAUUGCCCUCUAUGAACACAAGAUCUUUGUUCAAGGAGUUGUUUGGGAUAUUAACAGCUUCGAUCAAUGGGGAGUUGAACUUGGAAAGCAAUUGGCUAAGCGUAUCGAACCUGAGCUCGAGCAUGCUGGAGAUGUAACAUCCCAUGAUGCCUCAACUAAUGGAUUGAUCAACUUCAUCAAGAAAGCGUCUCAUUAA